AUGGCUCACGCACCACCCUCGGGAGGAGUACAACUGACGGAGUUCGUCAAGAGGCCUGGCCUUGGCCGUGAAGGACGCCCACUUAAAGUGCGAGCAAAUUUUUUCGAGGUCCUUUCGCUCCCCCAACAGGACCUUCAUCAUUACGAUGUGACAAUAACGCCGGAUGUCCCCCCGGCUUUAAACAGACGUAUAUUUCAACAGUUCGAGGACAUGUAUCGCGCCGACCUCGCAAAUAUAAAGACCGUGUUUGAUGGUCGCAAAAAUAUAUUUGCCCCCAAACCGCUGCCCUUUGGCGACGCGAGAACUUUCGAGCUCACUUUACCAGAGGACGAUGGUAUAACGAGCUCCAAGCGUCCGCCGAGGAAUUUCGUCAUAAAGAUGAAAAAAGCGGGCGCCAUCAGAAUGGAGGUGCUGCACCGUUUUCUCGAUAACAAACAAGGUUUGACGAACGAUUGUCUAACCGGUAUAAUGGCCCUUGACGUGUUAAUCCGUCAUAAACCAUCUAUGGAACAUACAACUGUGGGGCGAUCUUUUUAUACACCACAAGGCUCUAAGCCUCUAUUUGGAGGUGUGGAAGUAUGGCAGGGAUAUUAUCAGUCUGCCCGCCCUACGCCACGAAAGAUGAUGAUCAACAUUGACUUGAGCGCUACAGCCUUCUAUGAGGGCGGGCCUCUUGUUCAAAUGGUAGCAAAGGUGUUGAACAAGCGAAAUGUCGAUGAGCUACGGAGAGGUUUAAACGACCGCGAUCGUGUGAAGGUUGAAAAGGCGAUCAAAAAUUUGAAAAUUUGCGUGACUCAUCGUGGCGAGACGACCAAGAAGCGAAGAUUUAAGAUUAUGAAACUUACACCAAGUCCAGCAAGCCACACAAAAUUUGAUGCGGGCGAACAGGGAACCAUGGACGUCGCGACGUACUUUACCAAACAGUAUAAUACACGUUUGGGUUUUGCGUCUUUACCAUGCGUGGUCGUGAGAAAGAAUGUAUUUUUGCCCAUGGAAGUCUGCGAGGUCAUUCCGGGCCAACGUCAUAUAAGAAAGCUUAAUGACCGACAAACGGCGGAUAUGAUAAAAUUCACGUGCCAACAGCCUCAAAUGCGAGCAAAUAAAAUCCGACAGGGGUUGGACAUACUGAGUUAUAGGACAAAUGAGUAUAUGCAACAAUUUGGUAUGCGUGUUGCAAACGAAAUGACAGUCGUUGAUGCACGAGUACUACCAGUACCUACACUUAAUUACCAUGCAUCGUCGACUGAGGCGUCCUUUGUUCCGAACGGUGGUGUAUGGAAUCUUAGGGGUAAGCGCGUGGCGACUGGAGCUACACUUGGCUCUUGGGCAGUUAUCGCCUUUGAUCGGGAAGACGAUUUGCGGAUGAAUACAAUCCGGGGGUUCGUUCAAGAAUUGGCGGUGACUUGCCAGGAUACUGGCAUGAACAUCAUGAAUAAAUCCCCACCAAUUAUGUACGCUAAUCCGCAGGGAGACAUAGAAAAUGCGUUGAAGCAAGCAUGGCUUCGUGCUGGAAAUGCCGCUAAGGCACAGCCUCAAUUAAUUUUGUGUAUAUUGCCAAAUACUGGUGUGCCGCUUUAUGCUGAGAUUAAGCGAGUGAGCGAUACGGUAAUUGGUGUUGCUACGCAGUGCGUCCAAAAGAAGCACACUAUGCGACCGAACAAGCAAUAUUGUGCGAAUGUGUGUCUCAAGAUUAAUGUAAAGCUUGGAGGCAUGAACUCAUUCCUCAAAGCCCAAGACAUUCCAUUCAUUUCGGAUCGUCCGACGAUCCUUAUGGGUGCUGAUGUGACACAUCCCGCGCCUGGAGCGUCCAGUAACACUAGACCCUCCAUUGCGUCCCUGUGCGCUUCCAUGGACGCGAAGGCUUCAAGAUACGCUGCAUCAAUCAGGGUGCAAGCGGGCCGUGAAGAAAUAAUUGUUGAUUUAGUCAACAUGGCCAAAGAAUUGCUGAAAACGUUUUAUCAAACAUGCGGGCGCAAGCCAGAGCGUAUCUUGUUUUAUCGCGACGGUGUUUCUGAGGGACAGUUUGCCGCCGUAUUAAACAGUGAGAUCAAGGCUGUAAAAGCUGCUUGCCAGGCGCUCGAUGCGCAAUACAAGCCGACAAUAACAUUUGUCGUGGUCCAGAAGAGACAUCAUACUCGUUUCUUCCCGAUGAAUAAGAACGAGAGUGAUCGCAGUGGCAAUUGUAUGCCAGGAACGGUCGUGGAAACGACUAUCAUACACCCGUCCGAAUUUGACUUUUAUCUUCAAAGCCAUCCGGGUUUGCAGGGCACAAGUCGCCCAACGCACUAUCACGUUUUGUAUGAUGAGAACAAUUUCAACGCCGACAGCCUACAAACGUUGUCUUAUAAUUUGUGUUAUCUGUAUGCUCGUUGUACGCGAGUAGUAUCUCUCGUGCCUCCCGUGUACUACGCGGAUCUCGUUUGUUCUCGUGCAAGGUUUCAUAGUCGGGGGGAGAAUUGGUCCGAUACCGAGUCGUCCGAGGAAGGAACGGGCUCCGCUUCAAGUUUUGGAGUCGUCAAACCUGACCUCCAAAAGGUGAUGUACUUCAUGUGA